CUGAGCGCAAGUCUUUGGCUCUCCCUUCUCCAUUCGGCGGCCGAUCAGUACGGACGUGAGAGUGUGUUAGCUCGUGCAGUGUAAUUAAAUAUUUCCAAAAACACGAUUUCCAAUUGUGUUUUUAAGUGUCUCAUUUUUAAGAAAUAGUAAAGUAACCACAAAAAAUGGCUGAUCAGGAGAACAAGGACUUCAGCGAAGAUAUCGCGGAUCAAAACUUCGAGCAGAACGGUGAAGCAGAGAACGGCGGCGGGGACGCCGCAGAAAAUGGCCAAGAGUCACAGGAGGACAGGUCGACCGGAGGUAACCAGGAUUCCUUGAAUGAUAGGAAAUUAUUCGUUGGUGGCUUAAGCUGGGAAACUACAGAUAAGGAAUUACGAGAUCACUUCGGGACGUAUGGAGACAUUGAGAGUAUUAAUGUGAAAACAGAUCCCAAUACAGGACGAUCGCGAGGGUUCGCCUUUAUUGUCUUUGCGAAAGCGGAAUCGCUCGAUAAGAUUAUGGCAGCUGGUGAUCAUGUAAUCAACAAUAAGAAGGUUGAUCCCAAGAAGGCAAAGGCAAGACAUGGUAAAAUUUUUGUUGGCGGUCUUUCAACGGAACUGUCUGAUGAUGAUAUCAAAAAUUUCUUCUCACAAUUUGGAACUAUUGUCGAAGUAGAAAUGCCAUUUGACAAGACAAAGAACCAAAGAAAAGGGUUCUGCUUCAUUACUUUUGAGUCUGAACAAGUAGUAAAUGAAUUACUGAAAACUCCCAAACAAACGAUUAAUGGAAAAGAGGUUGACGUGAAGAAAGCCACACCUAAACCAGACGGUAUGGGAGGCAUGCGCGGUGGUGCUGGAGGUCGUGGCGGCCGUGGCGGAAGGGGUGGUAGAGGACGUGGAUUUGGCGGUCAAGGUGGUUGGGGUCAAGGUGGAUACGGAGGCGGUUAUGGCGGCGGUUACGGCCAAGGCGGUUAUGGCGGUGGCUAUGAUGGCUACGGAGGAGGCUACGAUUAUUACGGCGGUGGGUACGGCGGCUAUGGUGGUUACGACUACAGUGGAUACGACGGCUAUGGCUAUGGCGGUGGUAGUUACGAUGGUGGCUACAGUGGUGGGCGCGGUGGUGCACGCGGUAAAGGAGGCUCAGGCUACGGCGGAAAGCAGAGGGGAGGUGGUCGUCAGAACCAAAGGCACCAACCCUAUUAAUGGAAAUCAUUCAUUGCGACCGCAAUGCAAUUCGCAUUGUAACCGCUGGUUUCCUGUCCUACAACAAAUCUCAUAACUCGUUAAAUCAUCAUUCCAUUAAACCACGCCACUUUCAACAAGAUUUUCA